GCAACAGAAAUUUUUCUUGCAUGAAACUACUGUAUGGCCACCACGGAUUCAUCAGAAAUUCCAAAUCAUCAUGCUCGCCUUGAAGUGUGCUCCACCCGACCAGCUUAUCGCGAAGGAAGAAAGCCGACGGCUGUGAAAGUUUAUACAAUUCACCAUGAGUCAAGUUACCUCUUGGUACAAGGUGUUCCAGCUGUUGGUGCUGGACAAGAGCUGUCAAGACUGUUUGGAAGCUUUGGUUCUGUAGUAGAAUGCCGCCCUCUCGAUGACUACCCAACAGACACGUUUUCUGAGGCUUACCUCAUCAAGUUUCAGAAAAUUCAGUCUGCAAGAUUUGCCAAAAAGAAGUUGGAUGACUACUCCUUCUUUGGAGGAAAUCUGCAUGUCUGUUAUGCCCCAGAAUAUGAGACUACCCAAGAAACACGCCACAAGUUGAAUGACCGACGAAGGGUCAUUGCUGCAAAAAUUCUACAACAUGCUGGCCAGCCUAGGCCAUAUCAGCGACAGCUUCCCAAGCCACUGCAGCAUGGACAGUUACCAGUGGCAGCAAGAAGAAUGGAACAGUUUGAUAUAAAUUUUUCACAGCUGGAAUCUUUGCCAUUAUUACAAGAAAGGCUACUUUUGCAAGCAGAAAGUUCUCUUGCUGUUGAUGUUCAAAACAGAACAUCCAGCGUGCCAGCAGUUCCUAGCACUGGAAUAAAGCAUCCACAAGGAAAUUGCAGCCAACAUUCUAGAGGCACAGAUAGUGGUACAUUUACUGUGAUUCUGAAUCAGCCACAUGAACAAAAGACAAAUGCAGGAACCAUAAGAAGUGAAAACAUUGUGAUAAAGCAGUACAAUCCCAAAAAUCAAGCUUUAAAGUUUGUGCCCAGGCAAGCAAGUAAAAGACAAGAUGCGGAACUAACUUCCACUUUAAGCAGGGAAAAAGAUAAAGAUGAACUAAACCAUGCAAUUCAGAAGGAGGCUUUUAGACUUUGUGAGCCACAAGGGCCUGCUCUUCCACCUUCAAAGGAGGAACGAGAGCAGUUAUUGGGCCAUCGGCCAUUUGUUGACCCUAAAGUUGAAGCAUCAGUUAAUUCUACAGUGAAAGAGAUCAGAAAACGAUUAUCAAAGUUUAUUACAGAGUCUGUACCCAAAAAGAUGAAGCACGAUGAUACAUCAGCUCACAAAGAACGUGGAAUAAGCAAAGCUGUUAAAUCUUAAAAACUGUCAUGCUGGACUUAAGGAUGGAGAGAAGAGGGAAGUGGGAAAAUUUUUCCGUUUUUUAUGUUCAAUCAGCCCUCUUAAAAUGCUGUGGAUAGAUUGCAGCUCGGCUGUAUAUUAUGAUCUUGUAUACCACUGACUCCUAGUACCUAAGUGUAUUUUAUAGCUUCACUAGUGCCAAAAUUGUGAAGAUACAGUUUCAGCAAAUUGCUUCUACUAGAAUAAAAUGAAGUCAGUCCCUAAAGAAAGAUGGAUAUAGAGUGUUGCUAUGAACUGAUAUAAAAUGCAGUUUUAGUAAUGAGAUAAGCUCAUAUUGAGGAUGACAGCACACCAACUGGAUUAGAGAAUGCAAAUUUAGCACAGUUUCAAACACAAAUGCACAUUCUUCUUUUAAAUGUUCUUUAAUAUGUUAUAGAAAACAUAAAUACCACAUCAGUGAGAACACUCUCAUGGAAGGACCUUAAACAAAUUACAUAAACCUGGCAGAUGAUAUCAAUUUCUUAACAAAAGUGAAAUAGUACCAGCCAAAAUGUUUGUCGCUGAUAAUUGUUUCCUUCAUGCUUUGCUGUACUUCUGAUGACAGGUCAAGAGAUCAGGAGCAUCUCUGAUAGUCUUCAACUUGAAGACUAGUUGAAACCUUUAGUGUGGGAUGAUUAAACUUUUUAUCAAAAACAUCAACCAUCAGAGCUAGCAAGUUUUCAAUAUUUUAAAAAUUCAUCGAAGUACCUUGCUCUUAAGCUUGCAACCCUGCAGGAUGUUGUGUGAUGUCUGUAACUCUUUGCUGUGUUUAAUAAGGUUCUCCAACAUUUCAAGACAUCAUAUUAUUAUAAAAAUUUUGAUUAGUGAGCUCCUGCUUUCCACGAAACUGUCAACUUUAUGCCCUUCAGAACUACAAUAUAAAUAUGCAGACCAGGGCCACUUCCUGCAUGCUCAACUGGCUGUUGUAUGAAAAACCAUGGCACAGAGUGAAUAAUAUGGCUGGCAGAUCUUCACCUUUACUUUGUACUGGCAACUUCAUGUCAUUUCACAAACUUCCAUGUCCAUACACGUUAACAUCACCUGAUAGCAUUUCUCCGUUCAUCCUAGAUUGCCACUAUGUCUAAGCACACCAUGCACUUCAGAAGUCAUAUAUAAUUGGGACUUACAACAUAUCUUUAAAAAAAAAAAGUAAAACAAAAUAUAAAAUUGCUGAA